AUGAAUGGGGUGUUUGUUUGUUUGUUUGUUCAAAAGUUCACACUACCACUACCACCACAAAUCUACAAAGAACAUCAAGCAUAUCAUCAAAGAUGUAAUAGUAAAUCAAUUACCAAUUCGAAUUGUGUUGGUAACAAAGUCAAUAACAACAAUGAUCAAUCAAUGUUAUUGGCAAGAAGUUAUUCAACAUUCAACAAUCUUAAUAGUAAUUUGAACAAUAUAAACAGUUUAUUCAAGAAUAACAAUAGCUUGAUAGGCAGCAAUCUAAUAACAAAGAGAUACUAUCAACCUGGUGGUGGUGGAGGAGGUGGAGGUGGUGGUCAGCAACCACCUCAACAACCAUGGAUAUCACCUGAUAACAUUCCACCUGGAGACGCUCUAAAGAAAUAUACUAAGGAUCUAACCGAGAUUGCAAAGAACGGUAAACUCGACCCGGUCAUCGGUAGAGACGAAGAGAUUCGUAGAACGAUUCAGGUGUUGUCACGUCGUACCAAGAACAAUCCAGUGUUGAUAGGUGAACCCGGUGUUGGAAAGACUGCUAUCGUCGAAGGUCUGGCACAGAGAAUCGUUAAUGGUGACGUACCAGACUCUAUCAAGAACAAACGUGUAUUGUCGCUUGACUUGGCGUCGAUUGUUGCCGGUGCCAAGUUCCGUGGUGACUUUGAAGAGCGUAUGAAGUCGAUUCUCAAGGAUGUCGCUCACUACAAGGGAGAAGUAAUCUUGUUCAUCGAUGAACUUCACACUCUGGUUGGUGCAGGUGCCGUCGAGGGUGGAAUGGACGCGUCCAACAUGUUGAAGCCGCAGUUGGCGCGUGGCGAUCUUCACUGUGUCGGAGCGACCACCACCUCUGAAUACCGUAAAUACAUCGAAAAGGAUCCAGCAUUGGCAAGAAGAUUCCAGUCGGUACUCGUGUCAGAGCCAUCCGUUGAGGAUUCCAUUUCGAUUCUUCGUGGAUUGAAAGAGCGUUAUGAGGUGCAUCAUGGUGUUAGAAUCACAGAUGGUGCACUCGUUUCCGCUUGUGUCAACUCUCAGCGUUAUAUAACCGAUCGUUUCCUACCGGACAAGGCAAUCGAUUUGAUCGAUGAAGCUGCCAGUCGUCUAAGACUACAACAAGAGUCAAAGCCAGAGAAUAUAGAGAAUCUCAAUCGUACGAUUAUCAUCACCAAGAUUGAGAUUGAAGCACUCAAGAAGGAGAAGGAUCAAAUAAGUAAGGAGCGACUCGAGAAGCUGGAGAAGGAUCUCAAGGAGAAGGAAGCAGAGUGCGCACGAUUGACUGACAUUUGGAUGAAGGAGAAGAUUGAACUCGAGAAGAGAAAGACCGCAGCAGAAAAGUUGGAGAAUGCCAAGAUCGAGUUGCAACAGGCUCAGAGAAAAGGUGACUUGGCACGUGCCGGUCAGUUGGCAUACGGUAUCAUUCCGCAGCUCGAAAAGCAGAUUCCAAAGGAAGGUGAAGAGUUGAAUCUGUCGAUGAUAAGUGAAGCUGUCACCGCCAAGGACGUAGCACUGGUCAUCUCCAAAGCAACCGGUAUUCCUGUGCAUAGCUUAAUGAUGGGUGAGAAAGAAAAGUUGCUAAAGAUGGAGGAUGCCAUCGGUUCAUCGGUAAUCGGUCAACCUGAAGCAGUCGCCGCCGUAUCGAAUGCCGUCAGAAUCAGUCGUGCCGGUUUGCAUGCGCACAACCGACCACUUGGUUCCUUCUUGUUCCUCGGUCCAACCGGUGUCGGAAAGACUCAGCUUUGUCGAUCGCUCGCCGAGUUCAUGUUUGACAGUCCAUCUGCGCUGAUUCGUAUCGACAUGUCAGAGUACAUGGAGAAGUUCUCUGUCUCCAGACUUAUCGGAGCGCCACCAGGCUAUGUUGGAUACGAAGAGGGUGGUACUCUCACAGAGGCAGUGAGAAGACGUCCCUAUUCGCUGGUUCUCUUUGACGAGUUUGAGAAAGCACAUCGUGAAGUAUCGAAUCUCCUACUUCAGAUGUUGGACGACGGUCAACUCACCGACAGCCAAGGAAGAAAGGUAGAUUUCCGUAACACAAUGGUUAUUCUUACCAGUAAUUUGGGUGCAGACCUGUUGGCCAACCUACCAGACGGAACUCCUAGUAACGCUGCACGUGACGACGUUAUGUCAGUGGUUAGAAGCAGAUUCCAACCAGAGUUUUUGAAUCGUAUCGACGAUAUCAUUCUAUUCAACCGUUUGUCGCGUAAGGAUAUGGAUAGCAUCGUAGAGAUUCAACUUCAAGAUCUCAGAAAACUACUCUCAGAACGACAGAUCGCUAUGGUCGUUCGUGAGGGUGCACUCAACUGGUUGGCCGACCAAGGUUACGAUCCAGUGUAUGGUGCACGUCCACUUAAGCGUGUAGUACAAAAGUAUCUCUUGAACCCAAUGGCCAAACAAAUUUUGGAAGGACAAAUACAAGAGCGUCAAACUGUAGUAGUCGAUAUCGAUCCAAAUGAUAAAUCUAAACUUAAUUUGUCAGACACUGAUUUGGAUCAAUCAAUCGGUUUUUUUAUGUUAAGUUUAAUAAAAUUACCAAAACAAAACUAUUUUACAACAAAUAUUCAUAAUCAAUAUGUUUUAAGAUCACUUUGUAGUACAAAUGUAGUAGGUGGAAGUGCAAAGAGUGGUGGUAGUACUGUGGUUGUCGAUGAGAACAAGAAUAUCGAUUCAGAAUUCAGCAAGAUAAAUGAAGAACUUUCAGUUCUGCCACGUGAAGCACUCAAUACUGUCAUGGGUAAAGGGAAGAAACCCAGAGUCAGACCACCUGCUAUGGCCAAGCGUAAACUUAAUGACUGGAGUCAUAUGCCAACGAAUUCAUUGUUGAUUAAAAGCAGAUUGAACUCUAUCAAUGACAAACAAUGGAAAAAACUAGUCAGUCAAGAGGAGGCAAAGCAGCUACAGAGUUUCAAUAACUCUGCAUUCUCAUUUGAGGAUGCUCCAACAACAUCGGUCACUGAGGAGAUCACUCGAUCGAAAGCAUACUCAAAUUCAGCAUCUUCAUUACAUUGA